ACCGACAGCCGGUGGCGCGCGUCUGGGGGUCUCUAUUUGUGUCUGUUUGGGUUCCGAUUGGGCGAAGCGUGGAAGUGUGUCAAGCGUCCGCGCGUCGUGGGCGGGAAGAGACGUGUUUAUAAACCACAGUGAGCGCUCCGUGGGGCGGUAAUAUUAUAUAGAGAAACUAGACGGGGAAAGAGAAGGGAGAAGAGGAGCGAGGACGCGACGGCAGAGAAGCGUCUGUGCCUCACCGUUGCUAGUUGGAGGGGGCGCGGCUCUCCCUGCCCCUCCACACCAGCACCUGUAUGGAUGACCACUUCGGCCUCCUUGACUCGCCUCCGCCUUCGUCCACCAAACAGAGGGGCAACAUUAUUAAUAACGGCUAUACGGAGACAGAGCAGGACGUCAUGACAGUCGCUGCUUGUGACAACAUGCUGGAGGAGACGGCGGCGCUUCCCGGCCACCUUUCCUUGGACCGCUACGAACCCGACCACGAAUGCUGCGAGAGAGUGGUCAUCAAUAUAUCUGGUUUGCGCUUUGAGACGCAACUUAAAACUUUCAACCAGUUUCCAGACACGUUGCUCGGGGAUCCUAAAAAGAGGAUGCGCUACUUCGACCCGCUGAGAAACGAGUACUUCUUCGACAGGAACCGUCCCAGCUUCGAUGCAAUCCUAUACUACUAUCAAUCAGGUGGGCGUAUCCGGAGACCUGUUAACGUCCCCAUCGACAUUUUCUCCGAGGAGAUACGGUUUUACCAACUCGGGGAGGAGGCGAUGGAGAAAUUCCGCGAGGAUGAAGGAUUCAUAAAAGAAGAGGAGCGUCCUUUGCCCAGCAAUGAAUUUAAGAGGCAGGUUUGGCUAUUGUUCGAGUACCCCGAGAGUUCGGGGCCAGCCAGGGGUAUUGCAAUUGUCUCAGUUCUGGUCAUUUUAAUUUCUAUAGUUAUAUUCUGUUUGGAAACUUUACCAGAGUUUCGGGACGACAAAGACCAAAGCACUAUAGCCCCUAUUAUAAACGGGACGGGCCCGUACCCUACUAAUAGUUUUACGGACCCUUUCUUUGUGAUAGAGACGCUCUGCAUCAUCUGGUUCUCGUUCGAGCUGCUCGUGCGGUUUUUCGCGUGCCCCAGCAAAGCUACGUUCUCGAAAAACAUCAUGAACAUUAUCGAUAUAGUGGCCAUCAUUCCGUACUUUAUCACACUGGGGACGGAGUUGGCAGAGAGGCAGGGGAAUGGGCAGCAGGCGAUGUCAUUGGCCAUCCUUCGGGUGAUCAGGCUCGUGAGGGUGUUUCGCAUAUUUAAGCUCUCCCGGCACUCCAAGGGGCUCCAGAUUCUGGGGCAAACAUUAAAAGCCAGCAUGCGCGAGCUGGGACUGCUCAUCUUCUUCCUCUUUAUUGGAGUCAUCCUCUUCUCCAGCGCGGUCUAUUUCGCCGAAGCAGACGACCCUACCUCCAGCUUUAGCAGCAUCCCCGACGCGUUUUGGUGGGCUGUAGUCACCAUGACAACUGUUGGCUACGGGGACAUGCACCCAGUUACCAUCGGAGGCAAAAUCGUCGGGUCUUUGUGCGCGAUCGCAGGGGUGUUAACCAUCGCUUUGCCAGUGCCAGUAAUUGUUUCAAAUUUCAACUAUUUUUACCACAGGGAGACCGAGGGAGAAGAGCACGCGCAAUACUUGCACGUCGGUAGCUGCCAGCACAUGUCCUCCACGGAGGAACUGAAAAGGACACGUAGCACAUCCUCUCUCAGCAAAUCGGAAUAUAUGGUGAUUGAGGAAGGAAUUAACAGCGCUUUCAAACAGCCAAACUUCACCACUCAAAACAACCAGAACUGCGUAAAUAUCACAAAGAUUUUCACAGACGUGUAAACGAAACUGCCAAGGAGCGUUAGGUCCGCUCUACUGUAGUUAUUGGUAUUAAUCGUGGUGUGUCAGUGCAUAUAUUGCAUGGAGGCAACGCUACGCAGGAGGCCCCCUGGGAAUCAGUGGAGAUGCCUCGAGUCGAAAUAAGCUAGGUUUAAUUUCCGCUCUGUCAGGACAAGUUUCACGCGCACUUGUUCCGUUCGCUGAAUUGAGGCCAGAAGUCACCAACCGUCGUUUGUUUUGUUUGGAUCAAGCAGCGAAGAUGUUAGCUCCUAGUGUGGAUUUUAAAUGUUACUUAAAAUUUGCCUAGUAUUCAAUGUGUCUUUAUACAGUCAUUAUAUAAAUAUAUUAUUAACUUCAACACACACAUAUAUAUAUAUAUAUCGUAUGUAAUUCAUUUUCACAAGUGUUUGUGAAACAAAUUCGAAAAGUCGGUUGUACGUUUAAAUAAUAAUUCAAAUAAAUUGAAGUUAAUGUAGCCUAGACUACGAAGAUGCGUUGUUUCCCUCGGUUGAAAAGUGGGAAAAAUUAAUAAAAAAUAUAAUAUCCGUAUAUUUUCCUAGGAGUUCAAUUGUCUCACAUUUAAUAAACAUGUUUUGUGCGUACGUAACGUAACAUUGCAAUCACCGUAUUUGAUCGAUAUUUCUCUCGAAUUGCAAGCGAUAUGUUUUCAUUAAGCUAUAGUGACUACGCAUGUAAAGUAUGGGCAGUGUGUCGAUGUUUCCGAGCUGAAUUUGGCUUAAGGAUCUGAACCCGAAGCAACAAUACUAACACGAAGACACGCUAACGGGUCUCAUCUGAGGUUGAGCGAGAAAAAAGCGCACGUCUUUCACAGGAUGCUUCUAAUCCCGCCUUGAGAUGCAGUCUCCAUGGUGACGGUGGUUUCCUGGGUAACCCAGUAAUGUUGCCAUGGCAUUCUUCUCCGUUUCCACAGUAACCCCAGAGAUGGUUGAGCUAGCAAGGCCAGUAAAAUAAAGAAUAAAAAUAGAUAAAAUAAACUAAUAAUGAACCGGAUUUAAGAUAAAUGACAUAACAGCAUUAAUGGAUCAAAAUUAAGAAUUACAUGACUGUUAAAUAUAAAAAUAGCCUAUAUAUGUAAAGAAACGCACAAGCGUAAUAAAAAUAUUUUCUACCGCUAAAAAAAUACGCGUUAUCUAUGAAAUAUCUUAAAGUAUUUGCUCCAUAAUGAUUUGUUGGCCAAGGAAAUUAAACACACGGAGGUAACUUUGCAGACAAUAUUUGCAGAGGACACAUUAAGGCAAAAGACGCAGUCCACAAAAUGGGAAAACACUGCAAUUUGUGAAUGUUUACGUGGUAUAUAAAUAACGUUUAUCAUUACAUCACUAACAAGCGACCGCUGUACACCGUCUACCACAACAGGCGGAUAUGACAGCUGAUUAGGCUCGAACUCGCGCGUUCGUCCGUGUGGGCACCCCGUUGUGGUUUUACUCGGGAACGGGGUUAGAUUUAUUAUAGAUUAGAGAUGAAAGAGAGUCCCGCCUGUAAUUAGCACUGUAAAUGUCAUCAGGCCUCUUUUAAAAAACCACCAAGUCCUAUGCAAACUCGCAAUACCCACGGUAAUUUCCGGGGAUUUCGUUAUGUAGGGCCCUCAUUACCGACGACAGGGACAUAACGUUUCAUCGAUUGCAGCACAAGAAAGCUGCUUUUUUAACGGCAGAAGACGGAGGGGGUUUCUCAGUAGGUGCAUUUGACUUUAUUCCGCCUAAAUUAUUAAUUUCCUUUACCGCUAUAAAUAAACAGGAGGCCAGAUGACACCGUGUCUCCCCGCGACUGCUUUUGAUGCGAUUACAUUUCCCUUUCCCGCUGAGAUAGAAUAGGACAGGAUGCGAGCAGAACACCCUCCUGAGGAUCUCGAAUGGCGUCGAGAGGACAACAAGUUAGGCUCGGGUUAAGUCUACAAGGAACAUGCCAUUUUAUAUACAACAGUUAGUUGUAUGUAGUACAACAUCUAGAGUACUAAUAUAAAACACAACAGUGCCAUUUGCUGCAAUAAUACUUUUGAGAUUUUGAGAGAGAGAGAGAUGAUUGCAAGAAGCAUAGUUUGCGUAUAAUAAUACUAACGAUGCUAAUAACAAUACUAAUAUUACUAUGACUAAUAAUAAUACUAUCAAUAUAAAUUGUAAUUUGGAGUUGUCUAUGUUGUGCCUCUUGGCAAAGCUGGGUUAUAAAUGUUUAUCUGAGGUUUUGUCUAGCGUUAUAUAUCUCCCUCUCGUAUAUACAGGAAUGUGUCUGUGGGGGUGUGUAAAAACGGAGGAAUUCUGUUUAACAGACAAACAGGAUGAUGACCUUAAACCCUGUAAGGUGACGAGUCCUGUCUAAUAAGAA